CAGACUGAAGUAGAAAGGGAAAGAGACAGUCAGGCUGCUAGAGAAAGGGAAAGAGUUAAACAGGAAAAGAAAGAUAGAGCCGACGAAGAAAAAGCUAGGAAAGCUGCAGAAAAAGAAAAGAAAGCUAAUUUGUCAUUCAAACAGGUAAAAAGCCAGAAAAGAAAGGAAAAGAAAAGACAUUUAGCUGCCGUUGCUGAAGAAACAGAGAUAGACACUCAGGACAGCUCAGGAGAAAGUGAGGUAGAACUUGAGUUACAAGGAGCCAGAGGUAAGGGGGAGGAGUCUGACACAGAUCAUAGUGACGACACAGAACCUGCAGUCAGGCCAAAGAUGACACAGAGACGACCCCACACUGCAAGUAGCAAAACUCAGAGACGAGGUACAACUAGAAUGACACAUUCACAUCUGGAAAGACAUACAAGAUCGAAAACUAACAUUUUAGAGCCCCCUCUAAACAUUACAUCCACCUCAAUAAAUGCUCCAAAAAUCAUGGUUGGCAACACAGCUGUCUGCAAACCAUGGACUCCUGCUGAGAUAGUUGGAAUGACACAAAAUGCCCCCAAUCCGACCACAAACCCAGAUGAAUACUGGGGAUGGUUAAGAUAUGUAUGCUCUGUGUAUAACUGUCUGAUACCUGAUGUUGAACAAUUACUUGCUGGCUCAUACAGAACGGAGUGGGAUUUGUGCAAAGGUGAAUUUCUUUUCCCUGCUCGGACAGAGGAUGGCCAGUGGCCUCCUCAUAGAACCAUGAUUGACUGGUUAAAUGAAGAAGCAAAAACAGCAAUAAGAAAAUGUGCACGACAGCGCACUGACUUUAAUAAAGUAAUUCACUGUGUCCAAGAUGCAUAUGAAACUGUACCUGAGUUUGUUAACAGAUUUACACGUACUUGGGAUAGCAAUGCAGGAAUAGGACGAGAAGGAAAUGAAUAUUUUGUUGUUACAACCUUUGUGCAAAAUCUAAAACCAAAUGUUGCAGCUGCAUACAAAUUGUCUGUCACCGAUUGGCAAACCAAAGACUGGAAAGCAACGGUAAACAAAAUGAUGGCGCUAGAUAGGUGUGAAGUUUUUGCUGAAGACAAAUCUGCCUCCUUCCCAAAACAAAUGUUACAGCAUGCGCGACAGGGGGGUGGACAACAGCAUUUCAAAAACAAUAACAAGCAAAAACCGGGAAAGUGUCACAAAUGUGGGAAAGCGGGACAUUGGGCUAAUGAGUGUAGAAGUGGUCGUCGUCAGAACAAGCAAAAUUACCCAUUCCAGGAUCACCAAACAAGGAAUUUCCAACAAACAGCCCCCCUUGCUUUACCACAACAACAACAACAACCACUACCACCUCCUCCACAUGUUGAUAAUGUGAAUCAUGGACAAUAUUACAAUCAAGCAUAGGGAGGCCAUAGAGGGGCAGGAUCAGAAAAAACAUUUCCCAUUCAAGCAGCUGUAAUUCGACUUUCAAAAGAUCCUUCAGAAGAUCCAAUAAUGCCUGUUGAAGUAAAUGGUAGUAGAGUUGACAUUAUGGUAGAUAGUGGGGCCACAAUUUCCACUGUUAAAGCUGAUGAGCAUGUAUGUACACCAACACCUAACUUUGUCACCACCGUGGGUGUUUCCGGCGUUCCUGUUGUUGAGCCACUAUCACAGAGAGCUAAAAUAACUGUUGAAGGUUCAGAUGUGCAACAUUCUUUCCUGAUUUCUGAGAAAAGUCCAAUUAAUCUCAUGGGACGAGAUUUACUUUGCAAGCUACAU